AUGGAGGCGUCAAAUGUCACUUUUGGGAACCUCACCUUCCAAGUGGAAAAUGGGUCGCAGCUUAAUGAGGUGGGAUAUCCUCACGAAGAGGAUUUUUACACUAUAGUCCACCUGACGGAGACAAAAAUUCUCCCUGCCUUCGUUGGAUUUCUAUGUUCAGCUGGACUCAUCGGAAACACUAUUGUGUUGGUGACUAUCCUGAGGUCAACAAAGAAGACGGUCCCUGACGUGUACAUGUGUAAUCUAGCUAUAGCUGAUCUGGUCCACGUGACUGUCAUGCCUUUCCUGAUCCAUCAGUGGGCUCGUGGGGGGCACUGGGUGUUUGGGAGCACCCUCUGCAGGGUCAUCACCUCAUUGGAUAACUGCAACCAGGUCGCCUGCGCAGCUGUCAUGACUGCCAUGAGCCUGGACAGAUAUCUGGCCUUGGUUCAUCCAUUUCGUCUAAUGAGCCUCAGAACUCGAUCCAAAACCAUUAGGAUAAAUCUGUUCAUCUGGGCCGCUUCUUUCAUCCUGGUGCUGCCUGCCUGGGUCCACUCCAAGGUCAUCCGAUUCAGGGAUGGGCUGGACAGCUGCUCCUUAAACCUCGUCUCUCCCAGUGAAGUGCUCUGGUACACACUGUAUCAAACUGUGACCUCCUUCUUCCUGCCAUUACCUCUGAUCCUGAUAUGUUACAUACUAAUACUAUGUUACGCCUGGAGAAUGUACCGGAAGAACAAGAAGGCUCGUCGCUACAGUACCAGCUUACCAAGAGAACGAGUGGUCCGACUCACAAAGAUGGUUCUGGUUUUGGUCGGAGUCUUUCUGGUCAGCAUGGGACCGUAUCAUGUGCUCCAGUUAGUCAACCUGAACGUGCUCCAACCCAGCUUGGCCUACCACACCUGUUACUACCUCUCUGUUUGUGUCAGCUACGCCUCCAGCAGCAUCAACCCCUUCAUCUACAUACUGCUGAGCGGGCACUUCCGCCGCCGACUGACCCACCGCGAGCGUCCCAGCACGGAACGUGAAAACCAGUUGCGCUCCAGUUUCUGA